UCAGUUUCGGUGAAGUUUCUCUUCACUGAAUCCUCAGUGAGUGAGUGAGUCCAAGGUUGCACGGUGCUCAUGUGUACGUAGUGAUCUUCGAUCAUUGGAACGUGGAUUGUUUUUUUAAUUUUUUAGUCCCAUAUAUUAUCAGCAGACCUCUAGUCCCUGAUAUUCCAGGAUGAAGUGGCUCUUGGUAGCAGCAUCUCUGAUCGCUUCAGUUGACUGGAGCCGAGGGCAUAUCGUCGCAAAGCCAGUGCCUUUGGAAACUGAAUUUUAUGAGCUGGAGUGUAACUAUGAAGGAAACUUGGAGUUCUGGCUUCUUCAUGGUGAAGGAGAAGCUCUUUAUCCCACUGAAGUACUUAAGUUCGAGGAACUGACUGUCUACGCCAACGGAAGCAUCAUUUUCAAGAGCAUCAAGCUCGAACAUGCUGGUGUCCACACGUGUGUCAAGAAAGUAGGAAGUGAGGUCCGCGCUCAUGCUGUUCCUCUGGAAGUUCGACCUCUGCCUCCUGCUGACCUCUGGGGUGAAGUCUAUCAGUCCAAGUUUCUGACGGGCCUGAUUGCUGCUCUGGUGUGCUUCUCUCUGUUCGCCCUCACUUGCCUCGUGUACACCAAGCGCUGGAGACCUUCUGAGAAGUACUCAGAUGCCAGUCCCAUUAUCAGUAAUGGUUAUGACAACCCAGUCAUGAAUGCUGUUGAGGAAGAUUCUUCAAGCACCAAGAUGUAAUAAGGACCAAGAUGAGAAAUCAAUUAGAUCCUCUUCUCAGCCUUUACAAAUGUAGUAUAGAAAUGCACAAAUCACAAUUGUACAAAAUGCACCUUGCAUGGAAUUUCCAUACCUAGUAGAGAAUGCACUCAGUAACAGACUGUAGGUGACUUACCCUUGCACCUUUUACACCUUCUAGACUCUUUUUCUGAACAUGAGCAUAAUAACAAGCUUCUGCUCCUCGGUUUAUAUCCUUGUUUAGUUGGUUUUCCAUUGAACCGCAGGUUAUCGAAAAAAAAAUUUUGUGCAAAAUUUCUUAUUGGAAUUUAUUGUUGUUUACAUCAAUCAAGUAUGAUAAUUGGCUUUCUCUGUCACUCACAGAUCACAUUCUUAAGAAAGAUAUUGCUUGCAGCAAUUGCAACAGUAAGGGAAUUUGUUCGUUGAUCCGUAAUGUGUGAGCGAGAGCAAAUCUCUGUACACUUUUUGUACAAAGAGACCGAGUAACUUCCAAAGGAUUGCCUGAAAAGAUACCCUCAUUGAACUGUAUUGACCUCUGUACAGGAAUUUUAAUGUAGGAGCGGACAGCUUGGCUCAUGGUCUCAGUUGAACAGCUGGAGGGAAC